UGUAAAUGCAAGAAAGAUUGACAAGGCUACUGAGGAGCGCCUGGGGUCAACCGAAAUGGGUGAAAGAAGCUUUGAGGAUAUUUUGGACCUCAUCGGCCACUUCGGGCCCGCCCAGGCGCUGAUUCUCUUCUUUUCAUGCAGUCUUGAAGCAACAUGUGCCCUAAUUGUGUAUUACUUCAUGUUUGAAGGAGGUCAGCCAGGCUUUUAUUGUGUCCAUUCUAACUCAAGUUCGGCCAACGGAGCACUGAAUCUGACUUUGGAUGAGUGUCCGCCAACUGGGAAAACGUGUUCGAAUAUCACUUAUUUAGAUGAAUUCACGUCAGUCGUCACGGAGUGGGACAUGAUCUGUGGCGAUGCGUACAUUCCUCGAUUACUAACCAGCCUGCUGUUCGUCGGCCUCCUGGUUGGUGCCUUUCUUGGGGGUCAGCUUGCCGACAUCUAUGGAAGAAAGUGGACCUUGCUAGCUGCCUGGGCUCUAAUGAUGUUCGUGCAAGCAACCAGUGCGGUAGCCCCGAGUUGGCCGGUGUACGCGGCGGUCAGGGCUGUUGCUGGUGUCUCUGGAGGCGCCGUUGCGACCAUAGCAACUGUACUAGCCGUGGAGUUUGUCGGUCCAAAAUGGCGCCCGUUGCUCUCCAUCCGUUUCGGCUGGCGGGUUGGCAACUUCAUCAUCAUCGGCCUUGCCUAUCUUCUGCCUCAGUGGCGCCUCCUAGUGGUGGCUUCUGGAUUGUUUAUGUUCCCUGUUUUUGCACUCGCAAUUUUCUUUAUGCCAGAAAGUUCCCGGUGGCUGAUUCAGAAGGGGAGAUACGAGGAGGCCUCCAAGGUGUUGACAUACGUGGCCAGGCUGAACAAGCGGGCCCCGCCUGAUAUGAAGCUCAUCAUGGAACUUGGGGAGGAGAAGGUCAACAACAACUACACCUUCCUUGAUCUGUUCAGAACCAAACGAUACGCUGCCCAGACUCUCACUCUCAUGUUCGGGUGGUUCGUGAGCAACACGACGUCCUAUGGCCUGCAAGCGCAGAUCUCAUCUGCUCUUGUCGGCGACAUCUACCUCAAUUCGUUGAUUGCAGGUAGCAUGAAUGUGGUAACUGUCAUCAUCGGUGCUCUCAUGAUGAAAUGGAUGCCGCGGCGAAUUUCCUAUGCUGUUUUCAUGAUUUACCCGAUCGGUGCCAUGGCGGCCAUCUUGACCCUCGACUUGACAGGCUACAUGGUCGGCAGAGAGAUGUUGAGGACGAUGUUGGCUCUCAGCUCCUUCGCUGUCCUCGCGUGUUCGUGGCAGGUGGACAUCCUCUACAGUACCGAAGCUUACCCGACACUCGUCAGAAACAUCGCUACUGGCGCCGGUAAUAUAGCAGCGCGAGUCGGGGGUAUACUGGCUCCACAAAUUGGACUUUUGGGAGUGUUUCAUCCUUCCUUGCCAUACGCGAUAAUAGGGGCCCAGGCAAUCGCCGCCUCCAUAUUGAUGUUCGUGGUGAUGCCUGAGACCAAGGGGAGACCUCUACCGGAGGGGUUGCCACCGAGAAGCUGGGGAAAAGGCUCCAAGACAUGUAGAUACAAGGACACCAGUAAGGAGGCGCAGAUACAAGAAACAAAGUAUUGAUCUGCGUCUACAUUGACUUCUUUCUAUCAAGUCUUACCGGAGACUGCACCACGCGUGAUCGAUAUCUCCUUAAAGAAAUUACAUAAAAGUCGAUGAUAUAGUAUAUAUAUUUUGCUAGCUGUUUUUAAACACAUAACAUGAAAUCCAAAUUGAACUUUUUUUCAAAAUCUAUAUUAGGUGCUAUCGAAGUGGUUGUAUACACACAAUAAA